AUGGCUGGUCAGCUGCGUUUCGACGGCCAAGUUGUUGUUGUCACGGGUGCCGGCGGCGGGCUGGGCAAGGCUUAUGCCACUUUCUUUGGCUCCCGCGGCGCCAGUGUCGUCGUCAACGACCUUGGGGGUUCCUUCAAGGGCGAGGGCACCUCCACAAAGGCUGCUGAUGUUGUCGUCAACGAGAUAAAGGCUGCCGGCGGCAAAGCCGUGGCCAACUACGAUUCGGUCGAAGACGGCGACAAGAUCAUUGAGACGGCGAUCCAGAACUUCGGCCGCAUUGACGUGCUGAUCAACAAUGCGGGUAUCCUACGGGACAUUAGCUUCAAGAAUAUGAAGGACGAGGAUUGGGACCUGAUCAUGAAGGUCCAUGUCAAGGGCUCAUACAAGUGCGCUCGUGCAGCAUGGCCCCAUUUCAGGAAACAAAAGUACGGCCGUGUCAUCAACACUGCCUCGGCUGCCGGUCUGUUUGGCAGCUUCGGCCAGUGCAACUACUCGGCUGCCAAACUGGCCAUGGUUGGCUUCACCGAAACACUGGCCAAAGAGGGUGCCAAGUACAACAUUCUUUCCAAUGUCAUUGCACCAAUCGCCGCCAGCAGAAUGACACAGACGGUGAUGCCGCCUGACGUGCUGGAGAUUUUGAAGCCCGACUGGGUUGUUCCCCUUGUCGCUGUCCUGGUACAUAAGGACAACACAGACGAGAACGGCUCCAUCUUCGAGGUUGGCGGUGGACACGUUGCCAAGCUGCGUUGGGAAAGAUCUAGCGGUCUUCUUCUCAAGGCCGACGACAGCUACACCCCGAGCGCUGUCAUCAAGAAGUGGGACCAAGCCAUCGACUUUUCCAAACCUCAGUACCCUUCCGGUCCCAAUGACUUCCUAACUCUGCUGGAGGAUUCCAUGAAGAUGGGCCCGAACGAACAGGGCGAGAAGGUUGACUUCACCGGCCGUGUGGCCCUAGUCACCGGCGGUGGUGCCGGUAUCGGUCGUGCCUAUUGCUUGGCGUUCGCCAAGCAUGGCGCCACGGUCGUCGUCAACGACCUGGCUAACCCCGACGAUGUGGUGAACGAGAUCAAGAAGAUGGGAGGCAAAGCCGUCGGUGUCAAGGCUUCAGCGGAAGAUGGCGAUGCCGUUGUUAAGGCUGCCAUUGAUGCUUUCGGUCGCAUUGAUAUUGUUGUCAACAACGCAGGCAUCCUCCGCGACAAGGCUUUCAACAACAUGGACGAUAGCCUCUGGGACCCUGUCCUGAACGUGCAUCUGCGCGGCACCUACAAGGUCACCAAGGCUGCCUGGCCCUACUUCCUUAAACAGAAGUAUGGCCGUAUUAUCAAUACCACAUCUACUUCUGGCAUUUACGGCAACUUUGGACAGGCCAACUACGCCGCGGCGAAAUGCGGUAUUCUGGGUUUCUCCCGUGCGCUCGCGCUCGAGGGCUACAAGUACAACAUCUAUGUCAACACUAUUGCACCCAACGCCGGCACUGCGAUGACGCGGACCAUCAUGCCUGAGGAGAUGGUGCAGGCUUUCAAGCCGGACUACAUUGCACCUGUCGUUCUCGCUCUGUCCAGUGACAAGGUUCCCAAGAACCCCACUGGCGGCCUCUACGAGGUUGGCAGCGGCUGGGUCGGCCAGACCCGAUGGCAGAGGAGUGGCGGUCACGGUUUCCCCGUUGACACUCCCCUGACCCCCGAAGAGGUUCUCAAGUACUGGAACGCUAUCAGAAACUUUGAGGAUGGUCGCGCCGAUCACCCAGAGAAGACCCAGGAUGGUCUCCAAAAGGUCAUGGCGAAUAUGGAGAACAAGAGCAACAAGCACGAGGCAUCCUCCGAUGGUGACAGCCAAUACCUCGAUGCCAUCAGUGCCGCCAUGAAAGCUGAGGACAAGGGCACCGAGUUCCAAUACGACGAACGUGACGUGAUGCUAUACAACCUGGGUAUUGGCGCCAAGCGGGAUCAACUCAAGUACGUUUUCGAGGGCGCCGAUGAUUUCCAGGUCAUUCCCACCUUCGGCGUCAUACCCCCGUUUAACACGGAGAUGCCGUACAACUUUGACGAAAUUGUCCCAAACUUUUCUCCCAUGAUGCUUCUACAUGGCGAGCAGUACCUCGAGAUUAAGAAGUACCCGAUCCCUACAGCCGCGAAGCUGGUCUCCACCGGCAAGCUUCUCGAGGUCGUCGACAAGGGCAACGCCGCCAUCGUCAAAAGCGGCAUCACGACGAUUCACGCUGAAACCAAGGAGCCCAUCUUCUAUAAUGAAAUGACGGUAUUCCUCAGAGGCUGUGGUGGAUUUGGCGGGCAGAAGAAGCCGGCGGAUCGUGGUGCUAGCACGGCGGCUAACAAGCCUCCCUCACGGCACCCUGAUGUUGUGGUCGAGGAGAAGACGACCGAGGAGCAGGCGGCAUUGUACCGUCUGAGCGGUGACUACAAUCCUCUGCACGUCGACCCUUCUUUUGCCAAGAUGGGAGGCUUCAAGGCGCCCAUUCUCCAUGGCCUCUGUUUCUUCGGCAUCGCCGGCAAGGCAGUGUAUGAGCGUUUCGGUCCCCUGAAGAACAUCAAGGUGCGCUUCGCUGGCACCGUCAUUCCUGGGCAGACACUCGUGACCGAGAUGUGGAAGGACGGUGACAAGGUCAUCUUCCAGACCAAGGUCAAGGAGACGGGCAAGCUAGCCAUCGGCGGUGCCGCCGCCGAGCUGCUCGGCGACAAGAGCAAGCUAUGA